AUGCUGAAAAUCGAAUUUUUUGUGUUUUGUGCGUUUUUGGCCUACGGCUGCGUUGAAGCCGUGGAGAUUGAUUGCAGGCGACCCCCACAACUAGUGCAACCGUCAGUUUGUUGUAAAAACGACGAACGCGCAGUCAUGGAAACGUGUGCUCAACGACUGGGUAUAUCUUUUGAAAACCAGAAGGGCGCAACUGCUUUGGAGGACGUUACUUGCUUCGCUGAGUGCAUUGUUAAAGAGUUGCAGCACCUAUCGGCGCCUGAGAAGAUCAACAUUGAGGCGGUGCAAAACUAUCUACAGACAAAAUCCGGUAAUGAUAGCACCUAUGUGGACACUAUGCUGACAGCCUACAGAAAAUGCGAAUCAGUGGCACAGCAACGAAUGCAGGUGAUCAAGCAACAUUCGCUCGGUGGUGGAGUGUUCGCACUUCGGAGGUGUAGUCCCUUCUCCGGCAUACUGCUCAGUUGUGUUCACAUGGAGUACUUCAUGAACUGCCCGGCGAAUCGUUGGACCGAAAAUGCAGAUUGCGCUUUGGCGAAACAAUUUGUUACACAGUGUGCUAUCGGCACCGUAUGA